AUGAGGCUGUGUUGUGGUUUGCGAGAUAUUCACGGUGUACAAUUAGAGGAAUUUGCUAAAUGGCUGCUUCAAAUUGGUGACGGGUUACUCGGAGACAGCACCGGUGGCGAAUCAGUAAUUAGAAUACCCAACAACUUGCUACUGGAUAUUGAGUAUCCAUGUCUACAUGAUUUGGUGUUGUUCAUUUAUCCUAACGUUUUACUCCAUUCUUCCAGUGUGAAUUAUUUUAAGGGUAGGAGUAUAUUAGCACCAACACUUGAUGUUGUAAUUGAAGUAAACAAUCAUGUGAUGUCUUUGAUCCCUGGCAACGAGAGGAUUUACUUGAGCUCUGAUACACUAAUUAAUGAAGAUGGUCACAUGGAAUCUGAAUUAUACACAUUGAGCACAGAGUCAUUGAAUACGUUGAAUUGUUCAGAAAUUACCCAACACCGGUUUACUCGACGACAGUUUCUGGUUGCGCUUUACUUUGCGAUGACCAUAAACAAGUCCCAAGGUCAAACGCUGUCAACCAUUGGCGUGUAUCUUCCAAGGCCUGUUUUUACUCAUGGCCAGCUAUAUAUUGUGCUCUCUCGGGUCAGCACGCAUUCUGGAUUGAAGAUAUUAUCUGUUGGUUCUAACAGCACAAUUUCAGAUCAUAUUAUUAAUGUUAUCUAUAGAAAAGUUUUUGCUGGCUUGCUACCUAACAUUCUGCCUUGA